UAUUUGCCUGUACCGCAAGGACCUCUGGGCCACUAGCUUCAUUGACGCGUUGAAUUGUGGGCAGUCAUUGGUCCUCCGCGCUUACAGUCUUCUGCUCUUCCAUCGGAAAAAUGGCUGCUUCGGCAGCAGCGGCGGCUUCUUCCCCCGGGUUGUGCCCAAGCUUCGCUGUGAUCUGUUCGUUUUUAGAGCGAUAUGGAGCCCUACUGGAUUUGCCCGAACUUACAUUUCCACAGUUGGAAAGAUAUCUCCAGGAUAGCUCUUCAGUUCCUAAGCUGUUGGUUGACCUCCACGUGAAGUUGCUGAGGAAAAUAGGCAAGUCCGUGUCGGCAGAUAGAUGGGAAAAGUACCUUAUAAAGGUAUGCCAGGAGGUCAACAGCACCUGGGCAUGGGACCUGGAGCAGAAGGGUUAUAAAGAGUUGACGGUGGACUGUAAGACAGGGAUUCUCAAACACCUUUGCGAGUGUCAGUUUGAUGACAAUGUCAAGUUCAAAACUGCAGUCAAUGAGGAGGAUCCGGACAAGAUGCGUCUGCAGCCUAUCGGCAAAGACAAAGAUGGCUUAAUGUAUUGGUUUCAGUUAGACCAGGACAGUAACGUACGCGUAUAUGUGGAAGAACAGGAUGACCUGGAUGGGUCGUCAUGGAAGUGCAUUGUGAGAACCCGAAGUGAUCUUGCUGAGGUGCUUGCUCUGCUGAAAACGCAGAUCGACCCCGCGCUUCUGGUCAAGAAGGAGGGAGAGGAGGGGUCCACAAGCACCUGUCCAAACCCAGAAGAUGAAGAGAAGAGGAAGGGUGAAGACAACGGGGAGAUGAAAAAAGAGGGAGACUCAGAAAAGGACGAGGACAAACUACCCAAGGAAAACAAAUCACCGCUGUCUCCCAAGACUGAGAGUCAAACUGACAGCACAGUAAAUGAGAACAUGAAGCAGGAAGUCCCUGCUGGGGAUGCAGCACUGAAAGCCUCUCAGAAAGGGGUCGACGUGGUGCCGGAGAAACCUGUCGGAGAGAAAGAGGAGAAUGCAGUGACAACAACAAUCAAGGAAGAGCCCAUGGAGGUAACAGAACCACCCAGAGAGGGUUCUGAGGGGGCCGCAAGUAAACCUACUGGUCCACUGAAAACAGAACCAGCGGAGGAAGCCAGGAGAAAAACAGCAGAGGAGGUCCAGAGAGCGAUCAAGAGUGACCAGCAGGCCAAAAUCCCCUUGAAGAAGAGGGAGAUGAAGCUUAGUGAGGACUUUGAUAGCAAUAUCAGGUUGCAGCUGUGGGACACGGCGGGCCAGGAGCGCUUCCGUAGCCUCAUUCCCAGCUACAUCCGCGACUCGGCCGCAGCUGUGGUUGUGUACGACAUCACAAGUAGGUACCCCACCAGAACCCCCCUGCCCUCCGUGCGACUGCAGCUUUGGGACACGGCCGGUCAGGAGCGCUUCCGGAGUCUGAUCCCUAGCUACAUACGAGAUUCUACUGUGGCCGUGGUUGUCUUUGACAUCACAAAUGUCAACUCCUUCCAGCAGACCACAAAAUGGAUUGAUGAUGUCCGAACCGAGAGAGGAAGUGACGUCAUCAUCAUGCUGGUUGGGAACAAGACUGAUCUUGCAGAUAAAAGACAAAUAACCACAGAAGAGGGUGAGCAGAGGGCAAAGGAACUGAGUGUUCUGUUUAUCGAAACGAGCGCAAAGACAGGCUACAAUGUGAAACAGCUUUUCAGACGUGUGGCUGCUGCUUUGCCUGGCAUGGAGAGCAAUCAGGACAAGAGCAGAGAAGACAUGAUUGACAUAAAGCUGCCUGCAGAUUCACCAGAGCAGCCUGUCAACGAGAGUGGCUGCUCCUGUUAAGCCUUCACCACAGCCUCCUUUUCCUCUCUCUCUCUCUUUCUCUCUCUCCCUCUCUGUUUACUGUCUGUCCACCUUUUCCACUCUAUGCACUCACAUUAUUUCUUUCUUUACCUCUCCCUCUGUCCCUCUUUCUCUCGCUCUCUCCUCCUCUCUUUCUGCUUGUCUUUCGUGGGGCUCAGCAUCACUGCUUCUCUAAGGCUGGCGUCCUCCUCCCCUCGGCUGCAGAGUCAGUAUCCCAGCCUGGGAGACAAAAGAGAACACUACUGGUCCAUCGUCAUUGUCGUCGUGUUUUUGUGCUGAUUCACUGAGAAGACCUUAAGCUUAACAAGCACAACGUGGAUGUGAAUGGUGUUUCCUUUCGUUUGCUCUUUUUUUCAUGGUUAAUGUUUUUUUUUUUUUUUUUGUUCGUUCGUUCUAAUUUUUUUGCUUUUGUCCAUUUCACUUUGGGUUUGGAGAAAAAAAAUUGUCAUUGUUUUUGCAUUACCUUGUAAGUCACUGUAUCAUGUUAACCUAUGUUUACCCAUAUGAAUGGAUGCCCGACUGAAAUACUAUUAAGAGCACCCGAGCCGUGACGUGACGAGUUGGCCAUGCGUUGUAGUGUUUAUGUGUUCAGGACCCGCUCUACACACGACCUACUCAAGUUACGUGUGCGGAGUCUAGUGCACAGUGUGUAGAGCAAAUAUUCAAAUCUCCAAUCACCACAGCGCAGCAUAAUUCCAAGUGUGCAGUCAAUGGCCAGUGCUGUGGUGACGGUAAAACCCAGAACCAUUGUGUUCAGUACGCCAUAUGCAGCAAAUUGCGCCAAGGCGUGGACAUAUUGGUUUCUGUCUCUCUGCAAAAAAGAUUAUGUUUUUACUGAAAGAAAUGGUGUCCCUUUCUUCACUGGUGAAGAGUUACAAUUAACAAUGCACAGGCAAAUCAGCGUGCUGUUGUCCCCUUACCUGCCAGUCCUAACGCUGAUCCAGUGUGUAGCUGUGUCCCCCUACCUGCCAGUCCUAACACUGAUCCAGUGUGUAGCUGUGUAGAUGCUCAGACGCCCGGUGUGGGCCGCUAAAUCAAUGUGGGAAGAGUAAGCAGUCAACAGCAAUGAGAAUUGUGUUUACAAAAGAUGGAUUUUGAUUUUGAUGUAUAAAGUUGACUCUCGUAGUGUAAGCCACCGUGUGGCCUAUGGGUUGAUGGAUUGAUUGGCUGCCAUGGCAACAGAAUGAGCGCUCCGAGUACUUCCCCAGUCAGAACAGUUCCCAGAAAUCUCCUGUCCUAGCUAUUACUUUUACCUCAGCUGCCAUUUCUCAGUGUUUUUCCUUUUUUUUUUCUUUUUUUUUUUUUUCUCUUUUCUUUUUUUUUUUGAUUUUUCACAUGUCGUUCCAGAUUAAAUAAUCUAUAGAUUUUAAAAGAGUGUAGGUGAAAAAAAAAUAUGCUUAAAAAACAACAGUAGAUGUUAAUAGGACUUCUUUUGUAUAUUGAGGGAAGUGUCAUACGUCUUUACUUAUAUCAGAUAAUAUGCAGACAUGCCUUGUAAGUGUUCUGUUUUAUAGGGCUUCCACUGGUCUGGUUAUUGUUAGCAUUGUAAAGUUUGAUUUUCAUGUUAUAUCAAUUCUUUAGAUGGAAUUAUUUUAUUUUAUUUUUUUUUAAUGGAAAUUAUUUAACAUGUUAAGUCAAUCAUGUUAUAAUAUAUUUAUUUCUACUGGAUCAUAUGACACCUUAAUUUUAGCAACUGAUUUGAAAAAAAAAAAAAAAAACACGUCCUGCCCCAAGGUGAAAUCAUCGACUAUGCUAAGCUACAUGCCAUCUAGGACAGUCACAUUUCUAAUUCAUACCUGAACAACAUACAGUGCAAUGUGGUUAUUUUUUCAUAUCUUCUGGAAGAAAAAUCACCCUGUUAUUUAGCCAUCACUAGUUUGGUCCUCCUGUAUGUGUCAUGAUUUCUGUUUGGAUGGAUUUUAAUAGUCACUGCAGUGUGCUGUUGUGAUGCUGUGCACAAAAGCCCAUACUUUGCACUGCUAGAUAUCAUGUGUGUCUUAUUGAUAUCCCUAAUAAAGAUCUGUAUUUAGUAA